CAACAACCACGCGAUUAGGAGUUUGAGCGCCCGUUUUAAUUAUGGGCCGAUUCCGGCAGUCCCGACACCCGCACGCAACAAGCUCCAAAAAAUGCUCCAACAGUUUGAUCGACUCGGCUCUUAGCCUGUCACAACCCGUCAAGAGCAUUUUUUUUGACAUGCUGAACGUUGAACUCGACUGCUAACUUCAGCACUCGAGCACCAAAUUUUUUGACCAAUCGUUCCUUGUUGUCCCUCUCUCUAUACACUCCUUUUAGCCAACCUUCAGAAGCCCAAAGCCACGGGCUGAUCGAUGUGAUUAUGGAUAUUUCCAGCAUUCUUGAUACAGGCAGUUCUUCUAGUAGUUUAUCGACCUCUGAUACAUCAGCUGCAGCGGUAUUACCAACUUCCAUCUCCUCUGUCACUGACACUACAUCGAUUAUCAUACCCUCAACUACUUCGUCUACCACUUCUUCAACCCCGGAUGUUUCUUCUACAACUACCUCAACUUCGAUCCUCACUACUACCUCCUCCUCCUCCUCAUCUCCCUCAUCCAUUGAUAGCUCCUCUACCUCGUCUUCGACAGUUUCCCCUACCACUUCCUCUAUCACCUUGACUUCCACCGUUUUACCCACCAGCAGUACGAGCAGCACCCCCGUCUUUACAACAUCAAUACAAAUCACCACUGUAUCCAAUAGUGGUACUCAAACGAUUACCAUUACCAACAGCAUUACCCCGGCUUCUAGUGCAAGCUCCUCGACGACUUCUCUUGCAUCCGAUAGUUCUUCUAGUUCCUUCUGGUCCAAUAAAGGCGCCGUCGCUGGCACAUUCAUAGUUGUCGCCCUAGUCGGCAUAGCCAUCAUCAUCUGGGGAAUAGUAUUGAGCAUUCGCCGUCGCCGUGCACACAAAUUUGACCAGGAGAACGAGGCUGCUGCUGCGGAGGCUGCGAAUGCCACUGCACCCGCGUUCCUGGACGAUGACGAUCAUCCGAUCUACAGGCGCGAUUACCUGCACGCUGGCGACAUGAGUAGUGGUGGAUACAGUGGAUACGAAGGUGGAGGCCCAAUUUACACGGGCGCAGUACCAAGUGCCAGUUCUCACGGUACUUUCAAUCAACCUCCUAUGGGUAUUCAGCCUAACGAGAACUACCCCAUGGCUGAGUUCGGCUCGGUCUUGUAUCCUGGGGCUUCACCCUAUCCAAUCACCAUGGCUCCCGGACAGAACCCUCAGCAUAACAACUAUUACGACCAUGGGUUCGUAGGUAAUGAACCGCUUUCUGCUUCUACGAUGAAAACCGUCCGUCCGACGUCCGGAGAUUUUGAUAUCUUAGAACAGCAGCAGCAACGCAAUGAAGGCGGCAGUGACGCUACAAAUUAUACUUCUACUGGAACGCCACACACCACGCCCUCUGUGAGUCGUGGACACUCGACUACUACAUCCACAUCCCAUUCGCGGACGGACCUCUUUCGAAACAAGUCUCAAGGUUCCCGCAGCCUCAUUGACGGCUAUUACUCGAAAGCACCUUCGACCACUGGCGGUCAUGACAUGGUCUCACCUCACAGUGGCGAGUCGUAUGCGGCGCAUUAUCAGCCUGGGUUUAGUGGGAUGCCGAAAUCUUCGCCUUCUAGAAGAAGUACGUUCGGCUACGAUGAAGCUCCUCCUCUACCGAAUUUGUUUUCGAAGACCAUAGACGAUGAGGCCGUCGAUGAGAGCGACGACGAGGUAUUCCAGCAGAAAAAGGUCUUGAAGGUUGCCAACGAGUGAAAAGUGCUCAACAUGCGCAUCCAUUACUACAGUGUCCAAAUUUCUUGCUUGCUUGUUAGAUUCGAGCUUGUCUCCUUUUUAUGCUUGUACCAGGUGUACAGGAAUAUAGAAUCGCAAAUUACUUACAUGAUAUGUACAAUGUAACUUAGAUUAAGCGUUGCGGCGGCAACCCCUAUUAGGGGAUUGCCUUAUUACGGCAUGCAAA